AUGCGUCGUGCAGCCCUUCAAGCGCUCCGUUCUUCUCGUCGUGCCCCAGCAUGGCGGGUCGGCGGCAGGACGCCGCCCAUCUCGUUCACAAGCAGUCCGUCUCUCGGUCUCCGAUCCUACUCCACGCCCAAGCUUUCUGCUUCCCUUCAGUCCUCGAUGCAUCUUCGAACUUUCUCUGUUGCAGCAGUCUCGGCAGUAGUAGCAUCUGGGGCUUGGUACGCUUACCAAGGCGACGGCUCCCAGACACCAGCAGCCGCCGGUACCUCCUCGCAAACUCGGUCGUUCACGUCGACUGCCCACGCCGAACAGCCUUCGGAACCGUCGCGCCGUGCUCUCCUGGUGGAUAACGAUCAAUUCUAUACGGCAACGCUCUCUGGAGAGCAGCCAUUGCAGAAAAACACUGACGAUUCUGAUCGCCGACUUCUAGAGAUGCUGACUCCUGAACAAGCGACGCAGAAACUGAGGAAGAACGAGGAAUCAUAUCUGGUGAACCGAGGUAAAGGGGUUGUUCGAUAUGAUGUUGUUCAGGUUCCGAGCAACUCCCCUAUCGAAGAUGACCAUGCGGAGAAGAUAGUCGAGGUACCUGCCUCCACGUCUGCGGCAAACGAAGGCCAAUCCAGCAGUGACUGGAUGUUUUGGGCGGUAUUUGACGGCCAUUCUGGCUGGACAACGUCUGCCAAAUUGCGCAACGUCCUCAUUUCAUACGUCGCUCGCGAGCUCAACGCUACAUAUAAGUCCGCGUCUUCGGACCCUUCGCUAGUGCUGCCGUCAUCCGAAGCCGUGGAUGCCGCUAUUAAACAGGGAUUUGUUCGUUUAGAUAACGAUAUUGUCCACGGCAGUGUCAACCAGGUGUUCAAGUCCAAUUCACGUCGCGCCGCAGCCGAAUUGCUCGCUCCUGCUCUUUCCGGCUCCUGCGCUCUCCUCGCAUUUUACGAUUCACAAACUCGGGAUCUGAAGGUAGCCUGUGCAGGAGAUUCGCGCGCCGUUCUCGGCCGUCGCUCAGAAAACGGUAAAUGGACAGCAACACCCCUUUCAGAAGACCAGACGGGCGGCACGCCCUCUGAAAUGAAGCGGUUGCGCGAAGAACACCCAGGAGAGCCCAACGUUGUCCGAAAUGGACGUAUCCUCGGCCAACUCGAGCCUAGUCGGUCUUUCGGAGACGCCUUCUACAAAUGGAGUAAGGAAACACAGGAAAAGAUCAAGCGCCAGUUCUUCGGUCGGACCCCUCAUCCCCUCCUAAAGACCCCCCCUUAUGUCACCGCCGAACCCAUCAUCACAACAACCAAGGUUGAUCCCAGCCAAGGCGACUUCCUUGUCCUCGCAACCGACGGUCUUUGGGAGAUGCUAAGCAACGAAGAAGUCGUCGGCUUGGUUGGGCAGUGGAUCGAAGAGCAAAAAGCCGCUGCCGGAGCCGGUACCGGCAAUAAGAGCUGGGUCCGGAGUCUCUUCGGCUCCCAGCCGACCCAGCUACCUGUAGAAGCACCGAAGGAAACCAGUACCGACGGACAACGUCGACCGAUACGUCAGCAGCAGUACGACAUCUCAGGUGCCGCUAGUCGUUUCGUCGUUGAAGAUAAGAAUGCGGCCACUCAUCUCGUCCGCAACGCCAUGGGCGGAAAGGACAAGGACAUGCUCUGCGCUUUGCUCACUCUCCCAAGCCCUUACUCUAGACGAUAUCGUGACGAUGUAACCGUCGAAGUCAUUUUCUUUGGCGAGAGCCCCGACAAUCGCACGAUCUCCAUCAACGAGGAAGCCAGUGCAUCGGAAGAUAACAUCAAAGCUAAGCUUUAA